CAGAAAUAUACAGAGGAAAAUAUGGGCGAACCUGAGUGUACCAUCGACAUUUUGGCUAUUUGCGAUGAGUGGAAGCCCUCGAAGGGUGGUUUGUCUGCUUUUAAUAGAGAAUUGGUUAUCAAUUUGGCAAAAGUAUCUGGGGAAAAUGUCAAUAUACAUUGCUACGUGUCCCAAAGCGAUGAUGCGGACAGAGAAGACGCUGAAAAAAAUGGAGUGAACUUGUUGACGGCUAAGAAAAUACCAGGAACGGAAAACCCUCAUGAAUGGCUGAAGUUUCCACCACCAGAAUUACCCAAUAUUGACAUAGUUAUUGGCCAUGGUAGGAAAUUUGGAUUAGCCGCCUGUUUUAUAAAAAAAAUCAUGAAUAAGUUAAAAUUGCCAUGCAAACUGUUGCAGUUUCUGCACGUAUGUUGCCUUGAGCUUGGUAAGUACAAAACGUCGAGAGCGGACGAUACAAUCCAGGAAAACGAAGGAAAGCACAAAGAUGAAGUAGCCCUCUGUGAAGAAGCCGAUGCCGUUGUAUCAGUGGGAACGGCGCUACAGCAGAACUACCAAAGAUUUCUACCAGAUGUCGAAGUACAUGCUUUCACUCCAGGUAUUUUUGACAGUUUUGUGUCGAAUCAGCCUCUCCAGCAGCUACCUUUGGCAGAAGAUGAGGAAUUCUUAUGUCUGGUUUGUGGUCGAGCGUCCAAGGAAGAUCGUUAUCUCAAAGGUUAUGACAUUAUCGCUGAUGCGAUAGGAAAUCUUGGAAAGAAUUUUAAGUUGGUAUUUGUUGGUUCGCCUGCUGGUAAACAAAGAAAACUAGAGAGGUGGUUCCUAAAGGAAACCAAGAUAAAACGCGAGCAACUGACCAUUCGCGGCUAUGUUGACCAAAAGCAGCUGAAAAAACUGAUUCGCACCUCAGACAUGGUUGCACUUCCAUCUCGUACAGAAGGUUUUGGUUUGGUUGCUCUGGAAGCCAUUUCGGCUGAAACUAUUGUUCUUGUAUCAAAACAAGCUGGUAUCUCCCGGGCCCUCCAAACCGUAGAGGGUGGUAGUUCUGUUAUUGUUGAAUCACAUGAUGAUCCUGACGAAUGGGCUAACAGAAUCCGACAACUGUCCAAUCAGACCCUUCAGGAAAGACGUGAAAGAGCUGUUUGUCUUCGCAAAAACUACGCGAAGAAGUACUCUUGGGGAGAAGAAUGCCAGAAACUACUGACCUUGAUUAAAACAUUAGUGAUAAGAGGUAUGUCGGCUUGAAAAGGUUUUAAAAAACUGUCUAAUUUCACCAUAGUUAGUGGUUUCACUAUAUAGAGUCCGGAAUAUCCUUAAAUUUAAGGACAGGGCCAACUGGUCACGCGACACUUUUCAACCAAUGAGAAGGCACGCUUGUGUUUAUCAACAAACAAAUCAAAACAUCGCCCCAGUGAUCAAAAAUUUUCAAAACAACAGACAGAGUUGGACAGAAUCAGUCAUCGUUUCGAGGUUCUCAGGCAUAUUUUUAAGACUUUUCAUGAGGCAUACACAAUUUUUUUAAGUGGAUAGUGUAUCGGAAGUCAUAUUUGAAGUGUCUUGUGAAAUAUUCAGCACAUUUUGUGGCUUAUUCUUCUUUUAUCUUUUAAACAACGCGAUGUAUAGGAGAGAUUUUGGUCGGCUUUCAAGGCAGGUGAACAAGUAUCUGUUGUGUUUUCGAUUCACAGAUUUUUUACGAAGUUCUAGAUAUUUUUCCUCAAUUGCCAUAUCGAUUAACUUUUAUCAUGUUGAAUGUGGGGGUGGAAGACAACCUAGAAUUUUGGUAGACAAUUUUUGAAUUCCGAGGUCCAAAACACGUACGUUUUCCACUCCCGGGUUUCUCACAAAAGCCGUGUUAUUACUUUUUUUCGCAUUAGUAUGAGCCUUUGCCUUUUUUCUUUUCAAGGCCAAAACAACUUUAUUAGUCUUAUGGAUAUUCACAUCCAACAUCUCGCCUCACUUUGCCAAAUUUGCGGGGAUGAAAUUGAAGAUCAUAAGCACAAGGUAGAUACUAACCACUUUGUUUCUGAAAUUCACUGAUCUGGAAAGAUUUAAUGUUGUUGGAUUCUCCAAAUGUUCAUCCGCCGUUAAAAAACAAUAAAAGAAACAAGGCAAAUCUCAAUUGUAAAUGCUGUAUUUCGCUACUCAUUGAACAUGCGCUGAUUAUCUGGGAUAAAAUUAAAACAUUGCAGGUACUACAGCAAGCAAAGAAAGCACCAGAUGUGUGAAGUCAAUAUGAAACAACACAAAAAAACACACCAAAAAAAAUUAAUAAAUUUGAACUACUUUCUAUUCUUGUUAUGAUGACUGGUUCUUUGAUUCUUGUCCUGUAGAAGUUAAUAGGUAGUACCAAUGCUGUUCUGUACGAUCUCGACAAAUUUUCACACUCUCUCUAAGGCUAUUUUUACACGGGAAGAGUUUGCUUCUAUCAAAAAUCUUGCAAGCCAUGCCAGUGAAGCCACGACCUCUGCGAUCGGUCUGGAAUCAGUUCGAAACCCCAAUGAUUCCUUGCAAUGAUUAAUGCUCUUAUUCUCUUACAUAACAUGUUUUCUUUGAAAUAUUAAAUGUGAAACCUAGACGAGUACUGUAAGCAUGGUAUGCUCAUCUUUAAUUCUGUCCAACUCCGUCCAUUGUUUUGAAAAUUUUUGAUCACUGGGGUGAUGUUUUGAUUUGUUUGUUGAUAAACACAAGCACGCCAUCUCAUUGGUUAAAAAGUGGCACGUGACCACUUGGCCCUGUCCUUAAAUUUAGGGAUAUUCCGGACUGUAUAGAUAGUCUCAUCCUUGGGAAACCUGCAAAUUAUAUGACAAUUUUUUUAGAUGGUGCUCUUUAAUGCCUUGCUACCAGAAUUUGAUAUGGAGGCAGUUCCUCUAAAAAUCUCUCCUUCAAACAGAAAGACGGACAGAUCACUUUAAUAGCAACCCUUCUAUACACCUUUCUUUGGGCAGGGGGGUUUGGGGGGGGAUUAUACUGUAUUUAUUUGUUGUCAGUUUUGUUUGUUUAUCAAUGAAACAUUUGGAACAUGUUGGUUACUGCUGAUUUCGAUUCGAAAGCAUUGUGGAUCAGUAAUCCAGCUUUCCAAAGUGAGUUGUUACUUGAAGUCUGUACAAUGUGUAAUGCAUUUAGCAGAAUCAUAGUCAGUGGAGCAAACAUCAUUAUUUUAAUUGACAGAUGAACUAUAAGAAUGUGUUUUGAUUGGCAGUCAUGCCAGUGAUCAGAAUUUAAUUUAAUACCCUCAACUAAUUAUACACAAUUCUUCUGAUGAUGGUUACUACACAUGUUGUCAAAAUGUUGGUCACUGUCAACAAAAACACUCACCUGGAUGAUCAUAUUCCACCUACUUCUUAACAAUGAAAUGGAGGCACCCUUUGAUUUUCUAAAAUGUAUGUUUCUAAAUAUCUACAUGCAUAGGUGAUAACAGCCAGCCCUCAGAAUCAAACAUGAAUGCCACCACAGCAGCUGCCCGGGUAAACAGAAAACAAACUCGAGCUGAGGUUGAUGGUCAGAUUCAGAAAAGCAUUCCAAUGUACUUACAAGCAGCUCUCUGCCAAUGUUUUGAAAGGGUGAGCCAUGCCUUGAGAUGGGGCUAUGUUUCUCUACGAGAUGAUCCUGUGACAGGCAAUGAGCGACUGUUUUUAAAAGUUGGCAGUUCCAGAGCCUAUCAAGACUAUGAUCAAGAACAGGGAGAGCAUCCAUUGCAACCAGGGGCAGUGAGAUUGAACAAAUUCUUUACAAAAUAUGGGCUCUCAGAGGCAAAAAAGGCUCAUUCACUAUUAGACAAAUGUAUGUACGCGGCUUUACUUUUUGUAGCCAUAGCAAUGGUGAUCUUGGGAAAGCUAUGCUCAAAUCACUCAGAAGAUUCCAGAGCUUUAAUUGGUGUUAUCGGUGGUCUUAUAUGUUGUAUUAUAUUAAACACUCUUGAGAAAAACAGGGCUCUCCCUUUGAAAAAUAACAGAGGGAGAGAAGCAGUGACUGGAAACAUGUCUGCUCUUCGCAGGCUACUCAGCGGGUGACUACGAUAAAACUCUCUCCUCUGCAGAGGCCUCUUUGUGUUGUGGGGAGGCUGGGGAGAAAGAAAAAGAGAGCAUGCGGGGAAUGAUGGGAAGGGAGAAGAGAGGCCUCUACCAUAUAAUGUGCAGUUCUCUGACCAGAUUUGCGGUUCUGUGGUUUUGGCCACACCAGCCGACUAUUUUGAUGUUUUUGAACGCUGUUGUGAAGAUAAUAGUAUAAAGGGUAGUAUACGCAAUCUGAUGGGGUUUCAAUUCUGUUUCACGGAUUUUUUACAAUUCAUGUUUUUGGAGCUGUCGUCCACCGUCUUGGAUAAUCAUGUUCAGAGUUGUCAACUGUAGUUCUCUCCAUUUAAGGGUCGAAAACUAAGGUGAGGCCCAAUUCCAGUGAAUUACUCAUAUUUCAAAACAAUAUUAGUCUGUAGCUGCAAGGAAGCCUUUCUUUGAUUUCCAAGUCCAAGCUUGGAAGCAUCGAACAAAGCCGGGGGACUUUGAACAGUAAUAAUUUAGACUUUGAAUUCACCUUGAUUUUAAGGAUGUACUGUAGGCUUAUAUACGUACUAUGUAGACGUUUAUCGUUAAGAUCACCUUAAUAGUUUGGAAAACUACACUCAAAUCAGGUAUUUUUGUCUCCAAGACCAGGGUUGCUGAAAUGAGAAAAGAUUCAAAUAAAAAAAAUUCAAUGUCAGCACUGACUGUAUAAAACACCAAACAGAAUUUCAGAGUACUGAUUAACAGCAUUUUCUUAGUUUUGAACGUACCAAGUCAGCGUUUAGUUGAGCUAUUUGAAUGUAGCCCCCUAAUCUCUGUUAAGAUGCUUGUGGUGAUAAUAUCGUGUGAUUUUUAUGGUAGAGGUCAUGAUAGUUCCUGAACGAGUUACAGUCUUCAUGUGAUUUACUCAACCCUUAUUUUACUGAUGGAGACAUUUAAUUUUAUUUUAUCACUUGUGAGUCUGUGGACAAGUCAAGAUCGUACAUUAUGAUGUUAUUAUUAAAAUAUAACUUCUUCAGUGUUUUUUAAAUUGAAAUUUACCAUUUGCCUUGAUUUUGAAGUGAGGUGCUUUUGGGCCUCAGGGAAACAAUUAUCCAACCUAACACACUGAGG